AGGUGUCCAGGGUCCUAUACUAUAGAAAUAGAACUGGUCCCUGUUGGUGUUGGUGUGGUUGGUGUUCAUGACCGCCUAGAUUUGUUCAGUUCUUCGCUCUCGUUUUCGCUCACUUCAUCCUUUCCAAGAGCCUGCUUAUUAUUAACUUUAUUAACUUCAGCAGACGCUAGCUGCACAAAUUAGUGCCCGUGGAGGGUAACAUAUGUACUCCAUUUUAAAGUUGUUCUGUAUUGUGUUGUGUUCUUCCCCUGUUCCUGAGUAGGAACUGCGUUGCAGAGCCGUCUCGCAACUUCUUCUGAACGAAAAAUUUUUUUUGGUAACAUUGCCUUCAUCUUGUUUGAUUGACUUUUUCGUUCACAAGUCCUUUGCGAUCCAAUAUCAUCUCAAUCAUAUCAGAUUCUAGCAGGAUUUGAUUUAGUGUAGAAAAGGCUAGGUUCUUGCGCAUCGGCAUUUACUUAUCUCUGAUCUUUCACUACAGGAUUCUCCUUGUGGUGGGGACAAACUAGACAUUUGUAUUGAAGCUUCAUCAAGAGUAGAAUUGUACAUUCUGGCGCUGGGAGAUCGUUAUUAAUCUACGAACUUUGAGUUUAUCCAUGACAAGGAAAUCAACAAGUUCGUGACCUUGGCAUCCUAGAACCUCUUCCUGAACAAUGGCUAACCAAAGUUUACCGGAUAUCCUCACAAAACUAACACUGAGUUCAAAUAGCAAUCUACAACUGAGUAAAUGCCAGAAAGCAAUGAAUCCCUUCACAAGUAAUGCAAACGAUCCAAUCGUCGACAGUGAGCCUUCAAUCGCAACUUUAUCACUUUUUGAAGAGGUCUGUUCUGUACACAACUGUAACUGUAAUGCAAUGGAGAAAAAAGAAGAGAAGAAAAACACAAUCCCGCGUCUAGACCGCCGAUCACAACCAAACUUUGGGAAGCAUCCCAUCAUUAAAAAAGGUCGAUUGAACAUCCUGUUUAACAAUAACAUUCGUAUUUGUAAUAAGAAUGGUUCAAAAUUGAGAAGUGUAUUGAAGCCAUCAGUUCUGAAGUUUAUUUCAACUAGUCUACCAGAAAUUUCGAAGAAGUCCAAAGUUGAGCUUUCACUGCCAUUGGACAGACUGAACCAACUUUUAAACCACAAAUAUCAAGAAAAUAGGUUGGAAGGUCAAUUAAGUGGUAAAUCGGACUUAAAGCCAUUUAUGGUAUCGCCGAAUCUCCGUGUUUCACUUACGUUUGAUAGAGAAUGCCUGAGUGAUUUGCGAGACUUGCGUCCCGAAACUGUGCCCUCCUCGUCAUUAGCAUUAGUUAGGAGUGUUGGAGCCCCGACCUUAAGCCAACCUCAAAGCAGCAAUGGUACUUCUUGCUCCAUCCAAGCUCGAAUGACUCCUCACUCACCAUGCGAUGAUAUAACAAUUGACGAAUUGGCAAGUUAUUUUGAUAUUUUCGUGCACAUCCCGAAGAAAAUGUCCCACAUGGCAGAAAUGAUGUACAUCUAAACUUGUGAAUCCACUCAGUCUUUUAAUUCAGUAAACAGUCUGAUUCUGAGAUUAUUUCAAUUCUUGUCUGUUGGCGUGAGACGUAAAUGAGGUUUUCAAUUGUGAGCAUUAAAGUUUGAUACUUCUCAAAUUGAUCUAUUCUUAUCAAGCCACGCUGUCGGCCGUGUUGGCCCCUUUCAAUAUUGUUAUAGAGGAGCUAAUUAACUGAUUAUUCUUCAUCUCCAGAAUUUCAUCACACUCCUCAACUUCUUAUGGAAAAUAGCCUGCAAAACUAUCGUAACUAAGUAUGAUUUGGAAUUGUUUUUGACAAAUAAAUUUAACCGUAAAAUGUUUUACUCGCUA